AUGGGAGAAAGAGAUGGAGAAUGUCUUAAAAUCGUCCGUUUUCCUCCUCUUUUUCUUUCGUACUUAGCCACCGAUAAACGUCAAUUGCCUAAUGCUCUGGCAUUUCAAAUAUUACCUUUGAUUGUCUCUUUUGGAAUUAGCCAUUUUUUGAUUUUUUUUUCUUUUGCUGUCCUCUUUCUUCCCUAUCGAAUUCUGCCCUUCUUUCUCCUCUGUCUUCAACGUCAAUUAUCAAAUCUUCCGACGCAUUUCUCCUUAUUCUAUGAUUUAGAUUAUUGUCUUUCUUUUUCGACACAUUCUUUCCCCCCUUCUCCUCGGUCUCUCGUGUCGUUCAAUAUCACCGCCGAUUACGUCAUUGUUCUAUUGCUCCUCCUCUCUCAUCUUUAUCAUAUUCUCUCACUUCAUCCCUCUUCAACACCUGUUCUUUUCAUCUCUUACCCCUUUCUCCUCAUUUUCUCCUCCGUCUCCCCGUCAACUUUUUAUCCUUCUUCUUUUUCUGCUGCUGCUAAAUUUUCCUACCCUUUUCUUUUUUAA